AUGAAGGAAGCUGCGAAGGAAGACAAAACUGCUCCCACGCUAUCGGAGUCAUCUGAGGUGCGCACGUCUGCACCUGCUGAGUCCAAUGAGACCGCUGCAGACGCAACAGCCUCCCAAGACACUACAGCGGCGCCGGCCAAUGCACAGGAUCAAGGCGCGAUGGCGACGCGCCUUGCCGAGCAGCAUACCGACGAUGCCAGCAACACGCGUGCGCCCCCGUCCUCUGCAACGCCGCACACAUCCAAAAAGGCGAGCAAAGAUCCCAGCGCGGCCGUCGAAUCGGCGUCCGCGCCCAGCAGCCCCGUCGCGGCGCAUUCGCCAGAUGCGCCAGACGCUCCUACUGAUUCAUCGCCGCCCUCCAACACCACUCACGAGCCAAGCGCAAAAAGUGAAGGCAAAGCAAAAGCGCAGCGAAGUGAGCAGUUGCGUCCGCCACCACCCGAGCCGCCGCGUCCCUUUGACUUUAACCGGUUCCUGGAACAGAUGAAACACCCAAGUGCGGUUCCUAUCAAUGAAUACGUGCGCAGUUUUUUCCGCGGAUUCACCAAGCGCCCAUACAAGCUUGCGGAGCAAGUCAAGCUCAUCUUUGACUUUCUCGACUUUAUCACCGACCGCAUGGCGCGAACUUCGGUCUGGUUGAACCUUCCGCCGUCGGAAUUCGAGCAUGCGACCGAGGCGAUGGAGAAGCUGGUCAUGAACCGUCUUUACCCCUACACAUUUUCUCCUGCGAUUGCCUUGGAAGGCCGUUGGGGCGUGCAGACCAACGAUUUGGAGCGCGACGAGAUCAUUGCACAGCGAAUCCAGCUGUUUGACUGGGUGAAUGAGUCGCACCUCGAUGUGCCGCACGGAGCGCAUUCUGCACGCUUUUACGAUUUUGCUGUACAGGAACUGAACAAGGUCAACCAGUACAAAGCGCCGCGCGACAAGAUUAUCUGCAUAUUAAACAGCUGCAAGGUCAUUUUUGGCCUCAUCCGACACCUCGGCAAAGAGGAAAAUGCAGAUGCGUUUGUCCCUCUGCUCAUUCUCGUCGUUCUCAAAGCAAACCCUGCGCAUCUCGUAUCUAAUGUUGAGUAUAUUAUGCGCUUCAAGAACCCCGCGCGUCCUUCGAGCGAGGCCGACUACUACAUUUCUACUUUAUGCGGCGCGAUUUCGUUCAUCGAAAGCAUGGACCACAACUCGCUCUCGCACCUCGACCAGGCCGAGUUUGAUGCGAAUGUUGAGCAGGCAGCGGCGCGUAUGAACGCACAGAACAUAGAGGUCGAGAAAUCUUCGUUCACCGCCUCGUUCGCUGCCGCGAGCAUUGCAGAAGAUACCCGUGCGUUCUUACAGCGGACCAGUGAGGCUGCCCGUGAUUUUUCCUCGGGGCUCGGUCGGCCUAUGGGCGCGCUUGGCAAGUUGAUUGCAGAGCGCAUCGAUGGCGUGCUCCUGCCAGACGGCGUGCCGAUGCAGGGCGUGGCGAGCGCGACAAGCGCGCCGCAAGGCGUACUCCCUGCCGCGUCGCUGCCGCGCAAGACCCAAGUUCCCGAAACUCCAGCAGUGCCCGCCCAAGCACGGCCGCCGACGCGCGGCGUCGCGCCCAAUGCGCCGCUGCGCAACGGAGACGAGCGCGAUGUGGAUAGCGAUGAGUCUGACGCGCUCGAGCCAGCCGAUGGCUCCUCGCCGCACCUCUUUGCGCAAACGCCAGCCAAAAACGCGAGGCCCACGCCGCAAUGGCGCAGUGGCUAUACGCCGCGUUUUCUCGCCGAGCGCGACGAAGAGGGGCGUGAGUCGCCGUCGCACCACGUCGCUGCUGCGCAGCGUGCGGACCAAGACAGCAGUUUCUUGAGCCAAGCUUCGGUCGACUAUGAAGCAGGCACCCAGACACUGAAAUCUAUUUUCCCCCAGACAGACGACGCUGUGCUUUUACUCCUGCUCCAGGAAAGCAAUGGAAAUGUAGAGACUGCCAUUGACAGAGUUCUCGAAAUGUCGUAA